AUGAUGAAGUUCAGGUUGAAGAGCUUCUCUGCGGCCGUCUCUGACCUCUGCGCCGCCCAGAGCUGGGCCCCCUUUCUCUCCUUUUUCCUCUGGGGGAAGCGGCUGGGGGGGGGCGGCGGCGGCCUGCAGGGAAGUGACCGGGCGGCUGUCAGUUUCCCCGCCAGGUCCAUGAAUGCGAACACCAUGAUAUUUUUGAUCCUGGGGGCUUCGGUUGUGAUGGCAAUAGCAUGUUUAAUGGACAUGAAUGCUCUCCUUGACCGAUUUCAUAAUUAUAUCUUACCGCAUCUGAGAGGAGAAGACCGGGUCUGUCACUGCAACUGUGGAAGGCAUCACAUUCAUUAUGUCAUCCCGUACGAUGGAGACCAGUCGGUGGUUGAUUCUUCCGAGAACUACUUUGUGACUGACAACGUCACCAAGCAAGAAAUUGAUCUGAUGCUGGGACUCUUGUUGGGAUUCUGUAUAAGCUGGUUUCUUGUGUGGAUGGACGGAUUGCUCCAUUAUGCCGUACGAGCAUGGCGGACGAGCCGACGGUAUGAAAAUUCAUGGUCUUGGUUUCCCAAAUUUUGUAACUUCAAGGAGUUCCGGAAACGCCAUCACAGCCAAUAUGACGAAGCCGCGGGAAACAUGGUGCACAUCAAACAGAAAUUGUAUCAUAAUGGGCACCCCAGCCCAAGACACCUUUAA